CUUUUUUGGUUAGUACAUGAGCCUAUUUGAACCUUUUUCCCAUAUUUAAAUUUUAUUUAUGAUUUGAUCCUUUUUGGUUUGAUGUGUUUUUUGUUGCACAUUGAUGGUCUUUCUCGUUAAUUUUUUUAGAUCUCUCUAAGAAUUAGAAAACAAUGAAUGACCAUAUAUAGACAAGAAAUAACAAUUAGAAAAGAUAUAGGGGUUUUUACCUAAAUAUUACUCAAAUAAAGACAAUUUUCAAAAAUGUGAUCACAUUAACAUUAGGACAAAGAUGUAACUAAAAAGGUCAUAUUCAUGUCAUUUACAGAUUUUAAUGUAACUGUCCAAUUUUAAUGUCGCUAUCAAAUGUCACUGUCGCCACCGUCGAUGUCACUGUAGCAGCCGCCCGUGUCACUGUAGUCGCCGCCCAUGUCACCGUCUGUGUCAUUGUGCCAUCGUCCGUGUAAUUGUAGUCACCGUCGCCGUUGGCCGCCGACACAAGCCACAGUGACACUGGCACUGACACCGCCCAGUUACCGCCGCCGGCACCGCUUCAUCCAGCCCCUGGAGACCACCGACCCCACACCCCAGUGUGCACCAUCCCCAUUGCCCCUCCCUGGUGCAGCCACAAAUCUAUCCGGGCACCACCAGUGUACCCAAAUCACCACUGACCGACCACCAACCACCACCGCCCAACCCCGGCCAGCCCCUCCCAGCCCCAACAAACCUCUUCUCCGACCAACUCCACCCCCUCCAGCCAUCCAAUCCCCGCCGCAUGCCAACUCCGACCACCCUAACCAGCCCAAAUCCACCCCUCCCAGCCCCACCUUUGACAGCCCAAACCAUCCCCGACCACCGGCCAAUGAGCCAUAGUAGCCGCCCUCCCCCCAGAUCUGGUCGCUUCCUGGUCGGCGUGUCAAAUCUGAAGGACGGCAAGGCGGAGAGGCGUCAAAUCCGAGCUCGCCGUCAUCACAUGGCGAAGCUCUUCGCCGAAUUCAUGAAAAUCGUAGCCUUACGCAAAAUAUUGCGAUGGAUCAAAGAUUGAGGCGUUGGUUCAUAUGCAGAAGUUCGCGGGUGGAGGUGCUGGUUCAAUUUGAUGAACACCAGAGAUGCGUUGGAGAAGACAGUUUGAUGAAGUGGGAGAUGCGCUGAAGUCUGAGUUGAAGAACGGUUCGGCAAGGAUGGGAUGCGUUGAAGGUCACUUUUUUGUAAAGUUUUAAAAUUGUGAUAUACUCUGUAUUUGUCUAAUGAAACCUUAUAGAUAAUAUUUGUGUCAUUCUUUCAAAGAUAUAAAUGUGAUAAGGCUCAAAUUGGAAACUAUUGUUUUAUGAGAAUCUCAUAUUGGACACUAAGGUUUUAAUUAAAUCAAAUUGGACAUUAUGAUUAGAUAUGUAUUUCAUAUUGGACACUGAAAUUU